AUGUUCUUAUUGUCAUUAAUCAUGUUAAACAUGUUUUAGAACAACUAUAGAUGGUUGUUUAACAUGUGAUAUAUCAUUAAAUAGAAUAUUAAUAGGAUUAUAAUGUUAAUGUAUAUCUGGUUAUUAUGAAUUAAAUAAUAUUUGUAUAAGUAAUUAAUUUAUUUAUUAUUAUUAAUAGAUUGUCCUAAUAUAGAAGAUAUAUCUUUAAAUAAAUGUUAUAAAUUAUGUAAUAAUAAUUAAUAUAUAUGGCAUACUAUUAUAUGUAAUUCUUGUGAUAAUGGAUUUUAAUUAAUAUCUGGUGAAUGUUAACCUAUUUGUGGAGAUUAAUUAAUAAUAGGAUAUGAAUAAUGUGAAGAUAAUAAUAAUAUUUUAGAUGAUUUAUGUUAUAAUUGUUAAUAUUAAUGUCCAAUUCAUUGUUUAACAUGUGAUUAAGAUACUAUUUUACCAUGUCCUGAUAUUUGUGGUGAUGGAUAUAUUACUGGAAUUGAAGAAUGUGAAGAUGGUAAUAAUAUAUAAUAUGAUGGAUGUUAUAAUUGUAAAUAUUAAUGUUAACCUUAAUGUACUUAAUGUAUUAAAGGUUAAUGUUUUUAAUGUGCUACUGCAGGAUGGUUUAUUGAUCCAACAAUUACUCCUUGGUAAUGUAAAGAAAGAUGUGGAGAUAUGUAAAUUGUUGGAACUGAAUAAUGUGAAGAUGGAAAUUCAAGUGAUACAGAUGGAUGCAAAGAUUGUAAAUAUUAAUGUAGAAUUGGUUGUUCAUCUUGUGAUUAUAAUACUAAAACUUGUUUAAGUUGUGAAUUCACUGGUUUUGUUCCUUAAUCUUAUUAUUGUAAAAAUAUUUGUGGAGAUGGACUUGUAGUAUCAGAUCCUUAUGGAUUCUAUUCAGAACAAUGUGAUGAUGGUAAUACAAUUAAUUAUGAUGGUUGUAGUAGUUCAUGUUAAUUUUAAUGUUAAUAAUCAUCUAUUUGUACUAGUUGUAUAAAUAAUAAAUGUGAAAUUUGUGCUCCUGGAUAUUAUCUAUCUUUUAAUUAAAUAUGUAUUCCAAAAUGUGGAGAUUCAAUUAAAGUAGCAGUUGAGAAAUGUGAAGAUAGUUUUGUAUUACCAUAUAAAGGAUGUUAAAAUUGUAUUCCUAAGUGUUAAUCUUCUUGUUUAAAUUGUGAUAAUAGUGGACUUGGUUGUCUUUAAUGUAAAUCAGGUUAUGAUAGAAUUGAUAAUUUAUGUUAUUCAAUAUGUGGUGAUAGAAUAAUUACAGAUGAUGAAUAAUGUGAUGAUGCCAAUUUUAUUAUAGAUGAUGGAUGUCAUUUAUGUUAAUUUACUUGUUAACAUUCAUGUCUCAAUUGUAUUUAAGGACUUUGUUAUAAUUGUUAAGAUGGUUAUCAAUUAUAAUCAUUUAAAUGUUAUCCUAUAUGUGGAGAUGGAAUAUACUAAAAUGAUGAAUAAUGUGAGAUAUUAGACUAAUAAUUAAUAGAGAAAUGUGUAAAUUGUGGAGAAGAGUGUGGUAAGUAUUGUUAAAUUUGUUAUUUCGGGAAAUGCUAACUCUGUUAAGUUGGAUUUUAUAUGACUCCAAAUACUUAUAUAUGUUAAAUAGAAUAUUAAAAAAUAGAUCGUUGGAUUGAAUAUUGUAAAAUAUAAAUAGGGAAUACUUGUGUCUUGUGUGAGGAUUUAGCAUAUUUAGAUCAAAUUUAAGAAAUUUGUAAUUUAUAUUUUGAUUCUAAAAAAUGUAUAAAAAAUUGUAGAAUUUGCUAUGAUUAAGUUUGUGUUGAAUGUGAUACUGGAUAUUAUGGAUUUUAAUGCAUACCUUAAUUGGGAGAUGGCAUAGUAGUUGAAGAAGAAAUUUGUUAUGAUUUAAAUAAUUAAAAGAUGAAUGAUAAUAUAGAAUGUUAUUCUAAUUGUGAUAUCAAUUGCAUAAGUUGUAUAAAUGGGAUAUGUAACCUAUGUUUAUAAGGAUAUUAUUUAUUUAACAAUUAGUGUAUAUCAAAUAUUAUUACUAAUAUAUAUUAUGUUAAUGAUAAUUUAGAUUUAUGUGGAGAUUAAAUAAUAAGUAUAAAUGAAGAAUGUGAAGAUUAAAAUAUUAAUCCAUAUGAUGGUUGUUAUUAAUGCAAAUUUUAAUGUGAUGUUAAUUGUAUUAAUUGUCAAUUCGGAAAAUGUUAAGAUUGUUUGACUGGGUAUAUUCUAAACACUAAUUAUAUUUGUGAACCAGAAUGUGGAGAUGGUAUUUUGAUUCCAUUUACAAGUGAAUAAUGCGAUAAUGAAGAUGAAGAAUGUUAAAAUUGUUAAUUUAAAUGUUAACCUUAUUGUAUCUACUGUAAUUUACAAUAAUGUUUGUAAUGUUUAAAUGGAUUUUAAAUUAAUUUAAAUUAAUGCAUACCUAUUUGUGGAGAUGGAAUUGUAAUUAAUAACUUUGAAGAUUGUGAUGAUUAAAAUGAAGUACAAUUUGAUGGAUGUUUUGAUUGCAAAUUUUAAUGUCAAUAAAAUUGUGAAAUAUGCGAAUAAGGUAAAUGUUUAAACCUAAUUUGUCCUUAUGGAACAAUUUAGUUAGAAGACUAAUGCUAAUCUAUAUGUGGAGAUAAGAUUAUUGGAGGGGAUGAAUAAUGUGAUGAUGGCAAUUUAAUUCAAUAUGAUGGGUGCUAUAAUUGUAAAUAUCAAUGUAAUUAAUAUUGUAAUAUUUGUGAAGAAGGAAUAUGUUUAUAAUGUAUUAUAGAUUAUGAUUUAAUUAAUGCAAUUUGUAUCUUAUAACAAUAGAAUGAUACUGAUAAUAUUGACUAAUCUUAAGAUAGCAAUACAAGUUUUAAUCCUUAUGGUCAUAAUUAAUUAUAUUCAAUUCUAGAUGAGAAUAUGAUAUGCAGAAAAUUUGAAUGCACAUAUUCAAAAAAACCUAAGAUGAAACUCACUUUUGAAUCUUAACAUUUUUCUUUUUAAUAUGUUGAUAUUACUUUUGACUAAUAAAUAAAAUUUAGUGA